AGAAUCGGUUCGAGGUGUUCACUAACAGAUGCAGUGAUUCGCUAAGUGCACGGUCAUCCACCAAGUCACGCACAGCAAUGGUACACAGAGCGGUGGACUGCUCAUCGGAACGAGAUGGCUACACUAAUGGAAAGGCUGACUUUCCUUCAGAAAGUGCCGACCCUCAUGAAGGCAACAGCAGAUGACGAAGUGCCCUGCCCCGGCUACCUCUUCCAGGACAUCAACAAAAUCUCACAUGAGUCAUUGGGCUGCUGCCAGUGUCUUCUGGAGUACCUCCUGGAGCGUCUGCAGGUGGAGUCCUGCCAUGUGAAACUGAAGGUUCUGAAGAUCCUCCUGCAUCUGUGUGGACAUGGUCCUCCUCACUUUCUCACAGAACUGAGGCGGAAUGCUACAUUCAUCCAAGAAGUAACUGUUUACAGUGGUCCACCAGAUCCCAUUCAUGGCAAUGCUCCCUUUCAAAGGGUCAGGGUUGCAGCGCAGGAACUGGCCGGUGUGCUGUUUAAUGAUACAAUGUCUGCAAACUCUGGACUCUCGCCAUGCAAAGCUGCAACUCCAAGCCUGGGAAUGGGAUCAGAAUCUCUCCGCUCAGGAAUGCAGGGAUUUGGAAACAGCCCUGGAAGGAAAACAUCCAACAGAGCGACUCUUCUGGGUAAAAUUCAGAAGGCUGCAGAGGUAGUUGCCAGUGCUGUCCUUCCACCAACAGAGCAGCCUGGGAUUCGUCUAUAUGACAACCACUAUCGGGCAGUGGUUGCUCCCUCUGCUGCAGUGGAGGUGGCAAUGCCAGCAUGUGCUUACAGUGUGCCCACUCACAGCCACAAAGCUUCUCACAGAUGUCCAGGACAGGCAGGUGGAGGUUGGGAGGAGACUGGUAGUGGGCACAGCUCCUCUCACAACUCUUCUCUUGAGAUUGAGCCACUUAGCCACACUUCCAGGGGGGACAGCAGCAAAUCCGGUGAAACAGGCAGCCAUUCGGGGGCCAGUCGAGAGAGUGGAGACUUGGCAGAACGUGUGGAGGCCAUGCAGUUGGGAGACUGUGGUCAGGAGAUGGCGCUGAUCAGCAGUCUUACUAAUGGUUCCAAAAUCUUCCUGUCCAGAGAUGAGAGCCAGCACUUCAUUAAAGAGUGUUCUACUUUAAACUGUGAAGUUGUGGUAGAACUUCUCUCUCACAAAUUGAAGGAAACAGCACAGACUGUCCAAAUGAGGGCCCUGUGUGGCCUGGCCUGCCUGAUGUCUACAGAUCUCCUCUCUCUGGACCAGAUAUUCUGUGUUACACAUAAGCGCCUGGCCCAGCUCAGUGAGGAAGUGGAAGGACCUGUAGCCAACAAGUCAACAAAGCUCCUUAGACAGUUUGAGGCACUCCUGGGCAGCUCCACGCCCCUGAUGAAGACUGGCAUUGCAGUCUGUCCAGAAUCAUCCAGCCCCUCGCUCUCAAAGCAGCCAUUAAAUCCCACCAUUGUCAGCCCACUUCUUCUCCCAACUACUCUGGAUGUUGAAGCACCUUCUAGCAUGUCAUCCACAAAUUUCCCACAUGCUCUUUCUUCUGAACAUGGUCUAAAACAAGAGCAUACUGUGACUGCUGCUGCUGUGGGAGAAUCUGCUGAGAAUGGAGUGCAGGUAGAGGACCCGCAGACUGUACAUGAGGAUGAGGACAAAUACACAGAGCCCGCUAGACACCAUCCUACUCUCUCACUGUUUAGUGGGAUGGAGCUGGUAAACAGAGGGAAGCCUGUGUGUCUGGUUGAGCCUGUUCUUGUCGAGCCAGAUGUCCAGACUGGGGCAGAAGGCUACACAGGCUUUGCUGUGGAGAAAAGCUCAGAAAGAACUGCAGACUCCUCUUUAUCUACUAGUGGUGAACAAAUCUCUGCCUUUUCCUUCGUCAACCUCUGAUCUUCCUUUGCCUUCUGAUUGAAACACCUUGGUCCAGGGUGUAGUAUUAUUUAAUGACCUAAAAGUAAUAUUUAAACACCAAACCCCUCAAUGCUCCUGAUGCCAGCCUUUGUUAUUUUAAACUAAUUCUGAAAAAUAUUAAAUGAACAAGUCUGCAGUAUGCUAAUUUUCAGGGAGGAACACGGGAGGUACACCUGAGGCAUUGGUGCAUGAAGUAAUAAACAAAAAAAAAAAACACUUAAUAUUUAUGUAUCCAAAUGCUGCUAGUUUUUUUUUUUCCAGGGACUGUGCUUGACAAGUAUAACAAUGCUGACACAAUACACUUUUUAAAAUGAAUUUUAUUGUUUUAAUACCCACAAAUUCACUGAAUAUCUCUGCUCUGGAAAUAAGCAGAACAGUUAAAAAGGGAAAGCUGUAACGUUUCACUGCCCAAGAUUUUUAAUCUGCAUUUUCACUUGGUCUGGCUACCUAAAUAUGGCUUAGUGUGUGUAGUUGAACUGUUAAGAAAGCCUUGUGUGUGCUGGGAGUUCUGCCCUAAUUAGCAGACUUGGUUCCAAAAUGAAAAACUGUAAAGAGAUCUAAUCUCUGCUCUGUCAUGAUAUACAUGACUUGUGUGUGUGUGUGUGUAUACCAUGAACAAGCCUGUCUCAGGACUACUGUAAGCAUUAAGCAUUGAAUUUUGCACUAUGGAGCACCUGUGUCUUCCAACCUUACUUACAUGAACAAAUAACACAAGCAUUACAACCUUAAGCUGAUAUUUAAUGGAUUGCCUAAAUUACCAAGAUAUAUUUUUUAUAGAGACAUAAAACAUUCUCUUUGAUUUAAUCAUCCAUACUUUUAAAGUUGUUCUUUUAGUUUAGAAGGAAUGCUAUAUAUAACAACUGAGAGAAUAGAUUUAAUGAAUAUACUAAUUUUCUUAUUACUUUUAUACUUUAGGUGCUUUCAAAGUGACAGUUUAUUUGCUCUGCUUUGAAUCAGUUAUAAUUGGAAUGCUUUGGUUUGUUUCACACAUGGAAAAAUCCAUGGACACCAAAAUCAAUAUUUUUGAACUUUUUAACAUGGUACAAAAGCAGAGAUGGCAUUUGUUUAUAACUGUAGUAAUUAUCUGGGCAGUAUACCAGGUUAAAGUACACUAGCAGGAUACAGUUUAACUCAGACUUGCUGAGGACACCAAACAUUUGGGACUGGAACAAGAUCACCUGCUCUCAUAGGGUCACGGUGAGGUUGGUUUGGCCCAUAUCUGAAAGCUAUUAAUGUGCUCACACCUGCCCAAAUGAAUAGCGAAAUAAUAGUGAAAACAAAGUCUGAUUUUAACCAAACUAACUUUUUGACAAAAAAACUUUGUGUCCUCUGGACUCUCAGCCAAGAUGUAAACCUUUUGCCAAACCUCAUAUAUAUUAGCCAAUGACAUGUAUUUGCAAGAUAUACCAUUUAGUUGACUGUGUUAUAGAUGUGUACCGACAAAAGCCAUAUUACAAUAAAUGCAGGUUGACUGAUA